ACACACAAUUGAUAGUUUUUCGGACGGAGCGUCCCUGGCCUGGCCACAGAAGAACAUCUCUUGCCCCCAUUCGUUAUCCGCUAGCCACGCUGACCAUCCUCCCUUUUAGCCCUCGCUAGAGCCAACGGUCGGGGGUGGGAACCAGGUCCAUGUGGUCCAUGAUUGCGGCGGGGGCGGCUACAGCUUCGCCUGCUAUAGCCAUGUCUCCCAUGCCCGUACGGGCUAUAGUCCAUCGAGGGUCGUGGAGUAGGUGGGGCGUGAGUGGGUGGGCCGCUCAUGGGGUGGCCCAAGGGCCAUCCACCUGUCGAGCCAAAAGCGAUUUCAAUGAGGAGGAAAAGGGCAUUUUCCGCGUGCUCGACGUGGGUCGCCCCAAAGAGAAGGCGUCCUUUGAGAUUCGGAAAUUUACCCGGAAACAAGUGAAACAUAGGGAAAACGAAAUGCCUGUGGAUCAGGAUUGGGAGGCUGUUUGGCCCGGGCCCCGCACCUUUCAUCCUUCGGCCGUACCCCUGCCCGUACGUCAAGGCUUCGUGCAACACAAAAUGGGCGUUCGCCCGCCCAAGCGAGCCAAUAUCGAACUCAUGAAGACGCCCAAUUUCCUGCAUCUGACGCCACCCGUGGUCAAGAAACAAGCCACCACCCUUAAAGAGCUGUGCACGCCUUGGCCCCCAGGUAAUUGCUUCAAGGCGUUCCCCGUUCUGUCGACCACAACAGACUAUCUGAAUACGAGUUCUUCCAUUCGCGAUGCUCGCGCUCGACAAGUCGAUUUUGAAGUCAGUGUGGAUGCUUUGACGCCGGACCCACGGAUCCGCGAAAAUAUUCGGAUCCUCUUGGAUAUCCCGCCACAGCGCGGGGCCGGGGCCACCUUCAAGUUUUUGGCCGCCAAUUGCCCCACCCGGAAGCAGAAUCUUGACCACGCCGAAUUCCUCCUUACCGCCAUCUAUUUUGAAUCACGGAAAAACGAUGUGCUCGAUCGCGAUGAGCGCCAACCGUUGGCUGGGGCUGAUCUGACGGGCGAGGCCGCACAUCACGUCUUAACGGAGGGCGAGUGCCGCAGCACCUUGGCGGAUUACAAGAAGUCGGUGCUCAAGGCCAAGCUCUCCUAACGUCAUUUUCAGGUCUUUUCUAUUUCAAAUACAUAUGUGGCUAUUA